AGGUUCUUCAAUUUCUAAAAGCUUUUUGGGCAAAUAUAAAGACCGCUUUCAGCUUUAGACCAACGACAUUACAACCCGCAGUUGUAUUUCACAAGCGAAUUUCACACGUUGCCUAAUAGUUAAUAUUCCCAAACAGCCCAUUUAUCAAUAAUGACUGAUAAAGUUCCCGAGUGGCUAACCGCAGAAGUGUUUGAAGAUGUGCUUAGGAGGAAUGUGGAUGGAUUUGUGAAGGUCAGGAGUUUCAAACCUGAGCUGGGAUCGGGAGCAGGCGAUAACUAUGCCACUAUUAUGUUGAGAGUUAAAAUCGAAGUCGAGCUAAAAGACGACAAAAUCGACGAUGUGUCUUAUAUGGUAAAGUUGCCCCAUCAGGUGGCUAUUUACAAGGAAAUGAUAAAGAACUCAAACAUCUUCGACACUGAGCGAAUUAUGUACAAGGACGUAGUUCCUGAAAUGGAGGCAAUGUACAAAGAAGUUGGUGUGGAUAUAACAUUCGGUGCUAAAUCCUACGAUCUUAAGAACGCAAAGUCUGACUAUGUAGUCCUGGAGGAUUUAGGUCCGAAAGGUUUUAAAAAUGCCAGCCGCUUGGAGGGACUCGAUCAAAUUCACACCGAACGAGUCCUUAAGAAGUUGGCCCAGUGGCAUGCAGCUUCAGCUGUCAGAGUAGCUACAAAAGGUCCCUAUCCGCGAGCCCAUACAAUGGGAAUGUUCAACCCAACUACUCGGCCGAUAAUGAAAGAUAUUUCCAAAGGCAUGGGUGCAAAAUUUCUUAAAUGCUGCGAAAGUUUUGAAGGUAAAGAGGCCUACAUAGAGAAGGUGAAAGCACUGCAGCCACAAGUGGUGGACUUAGUGUUUGAUUUGUUUUCCAAUCUUAAGGAAACGGAAUUCAACGUCCUGAACCAUGGGGACUUUUGGUGCAACAAUAUUAUGUUUCAAUACGAUGAUCUUGGCCACAUCACGGAGGUUUAUUUAAUCGACUUUCAGUUUCCCAAUUACGGAACUGUUGCCCAGGAUCUAACCAAUUUUUUGAUCUCAUCCACAAAGCUGGAGGAUAAGCUAAACAAGUUCGAUUACUAUAUCAAAGUAUACCACGACAACCUUGUGGAGCACCUGAAGAUCCUCCAGUACCCUAAGGCACUUCCCACUUUGCGGGAUAUUCAUAAAUCGCUCUUCCGGAGUGGCGUCUCUGGAUUUGCUGUUGCUUCCGGAGGAAUGGCCGCUGUUCUCAUGGAUCCUACCGAAGACGCCAGCUUGGAGAACUUUGUAGGAAGUGGUUCCGAUGGGGUCGACUUCCAAUUGCAGAUGUUCCAAAAUCCCCGCUAUAGGAAGCACAUAGAGGUGGUCCUGCCUUGGCUGCUCAAUCGCGGCGCGUUGGAUAUUAAUUAAGAUUUUGUCUGCCUGAAACUAUUAAAUAAGCAUUAAAGCUUUUUAAAUGAAUUUUAUUGAAAUAAAAAAUUGUCAUU